AUGGGCUUCGCAGUCCAGCACAGCGUAAUGCGGUGGAACAAGAUCGACGUAAAACAGUCUUCCUCGCACCCAAAUGCGUUGACCUCCACACCUCAGUCCCAUAGCAGUGUUCCCAUUCCCCAGCUUGACGGCCCUUCCGAUCAGCCCCGUCAAGCAAUGGGCAGCAGAACAACUAUCCAGCCCUUGGGUCCUGGACAUCAUCACUCGACUCGCCUUCAAACAACACACCAGAAUAGCACGCAGAUCGUGACUAGACAACCGUUUCGACCCACUCUGAACGCAGUUGGCAUUCUAUUACCCUACUGCACUAUGAUGCCGCCCCUGAGCGAAGCACAAGUGAUAGCACUCAGCGACGUUGCAGGUAGUCUGAGGGAGCUUGUCCUCCUAGCUCUGGGUGCUGUUGCUGGAGACUCGGGUUGUGUGAGGAAACUUGAAGCUGCCGUUGGUGAGGAAACUGCAGUGAGCAUUGCAGAAUUCUUCAUGGAUGAGUGGGAGAUGGAUGGCUAA